UGCCAGCCCUCCCAGCCACACACUCUCUCUCUUUCCCACUCUCUUGCUUUUUCCCCCCCCCCCCCCCCACCACUCCGCAAUCGAGGUCCCUCCCCUUUUCUUAAGUUGCUCCGGCUUGUAAAUUGCAGUCUGCAAAACCCAUGCUUCUGGCUAGCCUUUGCCGUCUCUUCCGAGUUGGGUUUCCCACGUUUUCGCUUCCCUCGAUCCCCUCGCUGUCUUCUGGGAAUCUGACUUGGAGUCCUGGCUGCCCGCUUUGGCUUGGAGACGUGCAGAGUCUGAAAAGGUUUUUGUUACCUUUGCUCAAAGCAAGAGAGAUUUCCAUUUUCCUCCUGGGGAAACCUUAGCAUUGCAAAAUUAUAAAGACACAUUUCCAAGAUAUAGAUGACGAAGAGUAACGAAGACGCAAGAUCCAGCAACAGGAUGGAACGCAUCCAGCAAGGAGUUCGGAAACGUACAGUCAUGGCAAAAAAGAAGGUGCAAAGUAUCACAAAGGAUGAUGUCAAAAGUUAUCUGUUGAAGAAUUUUUUUGUGCUGUUCACUAUCAUUGCCGUCAUUGUUGGAGUCAUCCUUGGAUUUUCUCUCCGGCCGUACAAUCUGAGUUACCGAGAAGUGAAAUACUUUUCCUUCCCUGGAGAACUGUUAAUGAGAAUGCUGCAGAUGUUGGUCUUGCCACUCAUCGUGUCCAGCUUAGUGACAGGAGUUGCUGCCCUGGACAGCAAAGCAUCUGGGAAGAUGGGGCUCAGAGCAGUUGUCUACUACAUGAGUACCACCGUCAUUGCCGUCCUGAUUGGAAUAAUCAUGGUGGUCAUCAUGCAUCCUGGGAAAGGGUCAAAGGAAAAGAUGCACCGAGAAGGCAAAAUUGUUCAGGUGACAGCCGCUGAUGCCUUUCUGGACUUAAUCAGAAAUAUGUUUCCUCCAAAUCUGGUUGAAGCCUGCUUUAAACAGUUCAAAACAAACUAUGAAGAAAGAACACGCAAUGUACCGGUUGCACUGAAUGACUCCUCCGUCCUUUCUGCCAUUAUAAACAACGUGACAGAAGCAGUGGAAAAUCUCACUCAGUUGAAAAAGGAGGUGAUCCCUGUUCCAGGUGGUGUAAAUGGAGUGAAUGCCCUUGGACUGGUAGUGUUCUCAAUCAGCUUUGGACUAGUGAUUGGGAAUAUGAGGGAACAAGGACGGGCAUUAAGGGACUUCUUUGAUAGUCUUAAUGAGGCUAUCAUGCGACUGGUAGCACUAAUCAUGUGGUAUGCCCCACUUGGUAUCAUGUUUUUGAUCGCUGGGAAAAUUGUUGAGAUGGAAGACAUGGGUGUGAUUGGAGGACAGCUUGCCAUGUACACCAUAACUGUGAUCAUUGGAUUGCUCAUCCAUGCUAUUGUCGUUCUCCCGCUACUCUACUUCCUGAUCACUCGAAAAAACCCUUGGGUCUUCAUUGGAGGAUUGCUGCAAGCUCUCAUCACAGCCUUGGGAACAUCGUCAAGUUCCGCCACCUUACCCAUCACGUUUAGUGUUUUGGAAGAAAUAACAAGUGGAGGAUAAGCGAUAUUCACGAGAUUUAUGUACUCCUAAUAAGGUGCAACCAUUAACAUGGAUGGCACAGCCCUUUAUGAGGCAUUGGCUGCAAUUUUCAUUGCCCAAGUUAAUAACAUGGACCUAAACUUCGGACAGAUUAUCACAAUCAGCAUCACGGCUACAGCUGCCAGUAUUGGUGCGGCAGGAAUUCCUCAGGCUGGCCUGGUCACCAUGGUGAUUGUAUUGACAUCUGUCGGCUUACCAACAGACGAUAUUACCCUGAUCAUUGCAGUGGAUUGGUUUUUGGACCGCCUGCGUACCACUACUAAUGUUCUGGGAGAUUCCAUCGGCGCAGGGAUCGUAGAGCACUUAUCACGGCACGAGCUGAGGAGCAAGGAUGCGGAGAUGGGGAAUUCUGUGAUUGAGGAGAAUGAAAUGAAGAAGCCUUACCAGCUGAUCUCACAAGAGAAUGAGAAUGAGAAGCCCGUAGACACCGAAACCAAGAUGUGAGGUAUAGACAGUUCAACACAAAGCACUACAAUUGUGGGAAAUGCACACUUUCUCCAGCCCUUCCCGUAUCCUAUGCUCACCUCUGUUCAAACAGAGCACUGGAGGGGGAAAGACCUAGGAGUUAAUUAGACGUUAUGAGAAAUGCAGAGCUGCCGUCGCCGAACGUCUCUUCCCCCCCCCCCCUUUCCUCGAGUUGUCUAGGUAAAUAAGAAGCGUUGUGUGAUUUUAUACAUGAACCGUACAGCUGUCUUACACUGAGUCAGACCUUUGGUGUCUCCACAUCAAUGUUGCGUGCUCUGACUGGCAAUGGCUCUCAAGCAGAGGAUGUUCAUAAUAAGCGCUUGUUGAUCCUUUUUAAAAAACUAGAAAUGCCAGAGUGUGAACUUAGGUCCUUCUGUGUGCAAAAUAGAUACUCCACCCUGUGGAUACUCCACUCUGCAUGGUUCCACUCACGUUAGCAAUACUGUGAAGUAGGGUGAAGACAACAAGCAAGACAUGGACAUGGUGCAUAUGUGGACGUUACAGCAAAGGGAAAAUUUGAAAAGAAAAUUCAAAGGGGGAGGGAAAAUUCGAUCGCAGCUCCACGUCUCUUGUGAUGUCUACUAAACUCUUAGUGAAAUAAAAUUUCAAAUUAAUAGUG